CCGCAAAACCCUACCUUUAUCGCCUUCUCCCCUGUUCUCUCUGUUCCACUUUUCCCCCCGAUUAAGAUCAGAGAGGAUGGCGGCGAGCGAGCACACUGUGUUGCAGUUCACUGCACCAUCAUCAACUAACCUGUCGGCGAAGGUGCACCCUCUCGUCCUAUUCAACAUCUGCGACUGCUACGUGAGAAGACCGGACCAGGCGGAGCGCGUCAUCGGUACUCUCCUCGGUUCCGUCCUCCCCGAUGGCACCGUCGAUAUACGAAACUGCUACGCCGUUCCUCACAAUGAAUCUCCCGAUCUGGUUGCUUUGGAUAUUGAUUACCAUCACAAUAUGUUAGUCUCCCACCAAAAAGUGAAUCCAAAAGAAGUCAUUGUUGGAUGGUUUUCUACUGGGCUUGGAGUCACUGGUGCUAGUGCAUUGUUCCAUGACUUUUAUUCUAGAGAAGUUCCCAAUCCUAUCCAUCUGACAGUGGAUACAGGAUUCACAAAUGGGGUAGGUACCAUAAAGGCAUAUGUUUCUGUCAAUUUGUCUAUUGGAGACCGACCACUUGUUGCUCAAUUCCAAGAAAUUCCUCUUGACCAACGAAUGGUUGAAGCUGAGCGAAUUGGAUUUGACAUCCUCAAAACAACAUCGGCUGAUAAACUCCCAAAUGAGUUGGAAGGAAUGGAGGUCUCAAUGGAACGACUAUUGGCUUUGAUUGAUGAUGUCUACAAAUAUGUUGAUGAUGUUGUUGAAGGACGUGUUGCACCUGAUAACAGCAUUGGCAGAUUUAUAGCUGAUACUGUUACAGCCCUCCCAAAACUUUCACCUUCGGCUUUGGAUAAGCUGGUGAACGACAACCUACAGGAUCAAUUAUUACUUUUAUAUUUGUCAAGCAUCACCAGGACGCAACUCAGCUUAGCAGAAAAGUUGAACACAGCUGCUCAGGUCCUGUAAUUUCGGUGCAUGUUCUAAAUCCAUUUCUUAAGACAAUCACACUCGCAUUGGUUUAAAUUGUUACCCAUAUGCGGCUAAUUAAGGAAAGCAGGCAUGUUUGUUCUGAGGUGGUAGUGUAAUAUUUUUCCCCCUUCUGUGAUUUGACAUUUGAUUAGCAAAGUUAAGUAGAAGUUGAUGAGCUCUUAGAAAGAUGUUUUCCAUGGACCUCGUAUAGCCAUAAACCAAGUGAAUCCAU